ACGGAGUGGGAGCCAAUGGGAGCGCGGGGCGGGGGGCGGGAUCAGUGCGGGCGAUGGCGGCGGUGCUGGCGCGCGGGCUGGCGCGCGCCUGGGUGGCGCGGGCGCGCGCCGGGCAGGUGGGCGCGCGUGGGGAGGGGGCGCGGGAACCGCGGGGGCGGAGCCGUGGGCAGCGCAGGGGCGCGGGGCGGAAGGGAAUGGGAGGAGACGGGGUUUCGUAGCAGUGCCGCCGCUCCCAUCCGUGCGAAGUCCACGCGUGAGGGAGCGCCUCCUACCGCGGUGUCACUGCGGCUCGUAACCCACGCGUGUGGCCCCGCCAUCGACUUGUGCCUCCUCACGUCCGUUCCCCACCUCUCACCCUUAACGCCCCCGCGCGGCCCCAGCGCGCGGCCCCCUCCCCACGCGCGCCGUGACAUCCCCGCGUGUCCGCAGCGCUGCCGCUGCGCGGCCGGCGGGCAGGACGGGGAGGUGGGCAAGGCGCAGCGGGCGGCCGCCGAGGUGGGCACGGAGCCCACCAUCUUCAGCCGGAUCAUCGCCCGCAGCGUGCCGGCCACCAUCCUGUACGAGGACGAUGAGUGCCUGGUGUUCCGCGACGUAGCCCCGCAGGCGCCCGUCCACUUCCUAGUGAUCCCCAAGCGCCCCAUUCCUCGGCUGAGCCUCGUGGGUCCGCAGGACGCGCAGCUCCUGGGACACCUGAUGGUGGUGGCAGCGCGCACGGCGCAGGCAGAGGGGCUGUCUGACGGCUACCGGCUGGUCAUCAACGACGGGAAGCACGGUGCCCAGUCGGUGUACCACCUGCACCUCCACGUGCUGGGCGGGCGGCAGAUGAGCUGGCCCCCCGGCUGAGGUCCCCUGUCCCUGUCCCCUCCCCCCCCCCCCCCCCCCCCAGGUCACCCCACAAUAAAGUUUCCUGGGGACACGCAGUGG